AUGCAUUUCCAGAAGGGUGAGGUCGUCUUGCAGCAGGGAGAGCCUGGCAGCACCUUCUAUGUCCUCUACGACGGCGAGGUAGUCGUGACCAAGGACGGCGUCGAGCAGGUGCGGCAGAAGGCGAGCUCGCAGGUCUGCCAGGUCUUCGGGGAGCGCGCGCUGCUCAACAACGAGCCGCGCGCCGCGACGGUUACCGUGGUCUCGGAGACGGCGAAGGCGCUGGCCCUGGACAGGGACUCCUUCAACAUGCUCCUCGGGCCGCUGUCAGACCUGCUGACCCGGGACACUACGUCCGACAAAGGUGUGAAGAGGAGCUCGCUGGUGAACGUGACCGCAAAGUCGCAGGCGGCGAAGUUCGGCGCAGCAGCGGGCAAGUCAGGCGAGCGCAUUCACCGCAAGGAUCUGACGCGCGUCGGGCUGCUGGGCUGCGGGGGCUUCGGCGCGGUCGAGCUGUGGGAGCACAAGGUGACCGGUGAAACCUACGCCAUGAAGGGCCUCAGCAAGGGUUAUGUGGUGCAGACCGGCAUGCAGGAGAGUGUCAUGAACGAGAAAAACAUUCUGAUGAUGACGAACUCCCCUUUCAUCAUCCGGCUGUACGAGACGUACAACGGGUCGCAGACCCUCUACUUCCUGAUGGAGCCCGCCCUGGGCGGGGAGCUCUACGCCACCUAUAACCGAAAGGGCCUCCACGGCAGCGAGAGGCACGCGAAGUACUACAUAGCGGGAACAAUCUUCGCCUUCGAGCACAUGCACGAGCGUCGCAUCAUCUACAGGGACCUGAAGCCCGAGAACCUCCUGCUGACAGAAAAGGGUCACCUGAAGGUCACCGACAUGGGCCUGGCGAAGUUCGUAAUCGGAAAGACCUACACAACAUGUGGUACCCCCGACUACUUCGCCCCCGAGCUGAUUGCGUCCUCAGGACACACGAACGCGGUGGACUGGUGGACUCUGGGCAUUCUGCUGUUCGAGCUCAUGUCCGGCCACCCGCCGUUCGAGUCAGCUUACCCGAUGCAGAUUUAUUCCAAG